AUGAGCAUUCAACAAACUUGGAACGAAUAUAGGCGUCAUCGUGAUGGUGACCAUUUUACUGACUCUGUAUCUUUGUUGUUUGUGCCGACAGCAUCUGGGGCUCGAGGCUAUGACGCUGUAAGGCAAUACUUAGCUGCAGCCUAUGACUCGGCAAAGAUUUCGGUCAAGGAACAAAUAUUUCAUAGAACUAUCGGUCACGACUCGAUUGUUGAAGAAUCAGAGGCUACCAUUAACUUCAUUACUGGAGAAGGAAAUUGGAUUAUUCCAGGAAUAGAUUCAAGGCACACUAUCGAUGCCACUGUUGUAAUCCCAAUGGUUACAAUCGCGUCUUUUGAGCUACAAAGAAUUGCUUCAAUUCGUAUCUAUUGGGAUCAAGCUUGCGUACUUAAACAAUUAAAAUUGAUCACCGACAAAAACUCUUGGCCUAUCGUGGGCGAAAGGCAAAUUGAUGGUGUUCGUGAUAUAACUAAUGCAUAUCUCAAUCAAUUUGGAAGAUCAGAUCUAGCUGCUGGGGUUUCUCAACAAAUUGAACUUGGUCAUCAAAAUGUUCAUACGUCUAGUCGUGUGAAUCAACCUGGAGGAACUGGCGGAAAAUCAAACGUGUUUGGUGAUACGCACGAAGAACAAAUUGAACCUGCUCGUCGAAAUAUUCAUACGUCUAGUCGUGUGAAUCAACCUGGAGGAACUGGCGGAAAAUCAAGCGUGUUUGGUGAUACACACGAAGAACCUGCAAAUCGUAGAUUUAACCAAAACAAGAAUACAUCGCAAUUCUCUAUUGGAGGAGAUGCUGAUAGUGAAUACAAAGCACCACAAACUCAACGGAGAAUGAAUUAUAAUGCUGGCCGAUCACAAUUUGAAAUCGGAGGGGAUCAAGAUGGUCAAGCCGCUGGCUCGAUUACUGGCUCGUACAAGAAACAUUUCGGCAGAGAUCAAUCAUCUGUUACUUUUGGCAAUGAAGAUACUUCGACCAAUCAAAAUCAAAAACAGGCGGCAGAUCAACAAGAACAAGAUCAACAGCGUAUUAAGCCAUCGAGUCGUGUCUUGAAGCCUCCAGGUGGCGGUGAUUCACAGAUUACAUUUGGUUAG